ACUCUCAAUACCGAGUCUAUUCUCAACUCAACCCAACCCAAUCCACCACACUUAUCACAGUGCACACAUACCCAGGGCCACGUACACUACGUACCGCGCCAUUACUGUACAUACACUGUACCCCUCGACGCCGGUUGCCAAUCCCUGUCAGACACUCGCUACAGUAUCUUCCACACAUCACUACGGACGGACCCAAUCGAUCCAAUUCCACUCGAUUCGACCUGUCUCCUCUUCGCGAACCCUACUCCCUGAUAACACAUACGCCCAAGGCUUCUUCAACUCGCUUGCCUGUCUACACCUCCCUAGCAAUUGCGAACGCUAAGCUACGGGCGAGUUCCGUCAUUUCACCAGCCUAAACCCUGCUCGAGAACCCGAACUCGACCUUCACAAUGAAUCCCCGCGUCGAGGAAAUCAGUGAUUCGGACUCAGACCCGCCUGAGAUGGACCUUUCUGACGUACCCUCGUUGAUUAGCCCCGCUUCGAUCCCCACAUCCUCGUCCAUGCCGACGCAAAUGCUCCAGCCGCAAUCCCCUGCCAUCAAAGCCUCUGCAGAUCGGGAAGCAUCCAAGCAUUACCAAUGUCUCUAUCCCAUCUAUUUUGACAAAUCCCGUACACGGGCGGAGGGGAGGCGAGUCGGCGAUCAACUGGCAGUAGAGAAUCCUCUCGCGCGCGAAAUGGCAGAUGCCGCGGCAAGCCUGGGCUUGAAGACUGUGUUCGAACCGGAUAAAACACAUCCUAAGGAUUGGAGCAACCCUGGCCGCAUACGCAUCUUGCUCAAAGAGGAUGGCAAGGUGAUGGACCACAGAAUCAAGAACAAGCAUCACCUGUAUAUUCUUAUCAGCCAGUACCUGCAACAGAACCCUACUGAAAAGAAUACCCCCUUGAGACUCAGGAUCGCCGGUCUCCCAACUCCCAAAGAGCCUUUGCCGGAGCCUGCUGUCCCCAGGGGAUGGAAGGUGAACACCAUCCUCCCUCUCCAUUCGCCUGCUUUGACAGGAGGCGGUGUUUCGGAGAAUUUCUUGCAAGAUAUGAUGGCAGAAAUGGGCGAAAUGGGUGGGAUGCCCGGGAUGCCCGCACUGCCUGGCAUGAUGGGUGGAGGCGCAUCGAGCACUGGAGGAGAGGGAAAGAAGAAAAAGGAUAAAAAGAAGAAGUGAACUCCAAGCCAGUCAUGAAAACAAAACUUUUCGUAUUACCAAGUUCACACAAAUAUACAACGCACACCAGUCUACGGAUUCCCGGUGUAUGGGCCUCUGACCAUCCACUACCAGCGACGACAUGCCGAGUCUACAACCUCAAGAUAUCUUAGUUGACCUAAAUUCGGUUGACAAACCUCCCGUGCCCAUUUCUCUAUGCGGAUUGGGUGACGGUGGGAUCCAUAGCAUGCGUUAGCUUCAAUGCGAAUAAGAUCCCGCUUGCAUUGCAUUGUUCAAUGUAUCGAACGAUCUUCGAACUAAUAGUCGUCGCUCCAAC